UCAGUUUUUCUAUCAUUCACAAUUGAACGUUUAUUGAAAAUAAUGUUUUUUCUUCACCAUUUUCUGUAUGAAUGGCAAAUGCAAACAAUGGGUUGUGACAUUUAACCCACAAAAAUGUAUAAAAAAGUUAAAUACCUGAAACAAAAGGCAAACAUGCAGCUAUACUUGACACAGGAACACACACACACAGCUUUACAACCAGCCUGUCUAAUCGCAUCGUUAAAGGUCCUCAAUGCUUGCAGGUGUGAGCAGAUCAGCAGUUGAUAUGUAGAAUGGCUGCCAACAACCACACAUUUCCAACGUUUGUUUUGGGAAGACAGAAAUCGAUAAGUCUGUAUUUCAAUUUACCACACCAUAUUUUGCGAGGGAGCAGCAAAGCACGCUGUUGUAUUCACUUGGUGAGUGACGUGCAGCCUGACCAGUUGACAAAGCAGUUAAUGGGGAAGGAUCGGCCAGGACUCCCAUGUCAUGCAGUCUCCGGGGUAAUUUGUGCCAGGAAAAAAAUGGUUGCGUCUUUUGUCCUCGCGACCACAAAUACAGUGUUGCCAAAUUUGCCACCAGAGGCGUGAGAUGUGUCCCUAUGGCCUACGGCGCAGCAUUCGUUGUCCUAAGAAGUACGGAGAUGCUAUCAAGGAGAGGCCAGACAUGCUGUCGGUGACGUGUGAUCUGGACCCGCUGCUGGUGCCCCCCCAGCGCAAAGCCAACAUCCCGAGACCCACGGCCGAGCGGUUCUCGAGGAACGCUGCCGUUCUCCCAGACGUGAGGCACUCUCAGGGCUCCCCUGCAGCUGAAGCGGCCCGGGAGGAGCCGACGUUGACCACCAACGGGCGGACCACAGAGCCUUUGGUGAUCCACGGCUAUGCGGUGCCAGAGUACCAGCUUGCCUAUCACUCUGUGGUGGACUCGCUGCUCCCACCUGGGCAGACCUACAGCCUGGAGCUGGGCCGGACCAUUAAGGAGCACCUGUUUGAGGAGCUGGCCUACCCUACCCUGCACAUCUCUGAGCAGGCCGACGGUAGGAUGGAGGUGGUGGAGCGCUUCUGUGUGCUCCGCCCCACGCCAUACAUAGCGGUGGACGUUAAAGGGGAGCCGCCGUGCCAUUCGUCCAGACACAGCCAGUAAAACUCAGUAAAAGUACUUUGUUACCAAUUCCUUUUGUUGCAAUGUUGAUAUUUACAAUUUCAAAAUUAUUGACAUUACUAUUUUUGUGGAACAUUUUCCUUUCAUAAACACUUCAAAACUUGUGACUAACUGGUGCUGUUAACAGUUGGUCUAUUUCUAUUAUUGAACAUUAAAAAAAGUUUGAUGCCCUAUUUAACGUAUCAUUAAUUU